AUGGAGACCGUCCAUGUCCAACGUCGUUCCGCCAGCCAUGGCUCACUUCGCAGCAGCUACAAGUCCCACGCUCGACCAUCCAUAGGAUACGGCCUACCGCGUCGACCGCUGAGAAGUGUCAACGAGAAUGCUAGCUUUCUUCCGUCGCCUGGUCCUCUCGAGAGCAUGCUCAAGACCACGACGGAAACAGGCGACAUAGGCAUCUUCAGCAUCAAGCCAAUAGCUCCCGCGGCUACAAUUCAUCAGUGCGCAAGAUCACGGUCCGGGCUCGAUGUCGACACAAUUUUCAGAUCUGAGUCUCGUGCCAGCGAUAGGACCAUCUCUGGAACCGGACGCAGAUGGCAUAGCUCUGAUAGAGACACUAACUCAGAAAUCAUCUCCAUGUACGGGUCAGAAGGUCCUCCAUCCUCCUUCUCCAGCUCGUUGUCUCCCAGAAUGGAUGGGACGUACCAGCGUUCAUAUUCACUGACCACGUGUGGUUCCCGGAAGCUUUCCAGUAACAAGUCAUCCGGUACUCUGCAGAGCCAUUCAAGCAGCGGCAUAAUGCAACGACCACGCUCUCCAUUUCCCUAUCCGACUCGACUUAAACGCCCCGGGGUUCGGCCGUCUUCGCCGGCUCUCACAGAGAAUGGACUCGUUGACUACAGUAGGAUGGUCGAAAUAGAUCGAAUCUCAUAUAGGACUGUGCAUGGCUCGUACAAGCCAACCUUUCCACAAUCGCAACGACUUGCUCCUCCCAAUGCGUUCCGCUUCGGAUCCAACCAAUCGAUGCCGUCACUGCCAUAUUCAAAGCCUUUCGUUUCGCCAGCUGAAUCCGGCUUUAGGUACCGUGGUUACCAUGACCCGUGGAGGAACGAGCCUUCGAGCAGAUCACGACGACCGUCCACGGAUCAUAGUGUAAGAUCUUCAAGCCUGACUUCAGUCAUUGAGAUGUACUACAGAUCGCCUCCGGGGUCGGAGCCAAAUCUGUCACGCACAAUUCGUCCCACAGGAUCUUUCUACUACGACUACACUGAAGAAUUUGAAACUCCGGAUCACCAAACAGAUCCUCGGGAAUCAGCACCGGCGCUUCCCUUGGCUCCAAUUCCCCAGCGAGCAUCGAGUCUUACCAAAGCUUUGGUACUUCGAGACGAAACGAAAGCUCAUCUUGACGCAGUUAUCGACAUAUCCGUAAAAGACUCAAGCGACUCUUCCGGCGAUGAUUGUCGCGCGCCAGUCGGAAAGCCUGCCAACGACAUCGAAACAUUACCUUCACAACGCUCAAAUUGCAAAACCUCCGCUCCAACGCUGGAACAGUUUCCGUUCGAAGUUGAUGGGACAUCGGCUUCCCGUCGCAUCGACGCUGAUACUGACCAGAGCAUGUUUGCUCACUUGUCACACACUACUGACACUACAGGUUCCCAGCCAUCUCCAGAAAUUUCAAAGCCUCAAAGACCCAAGGACUACACCACAGAAAACCCAGGCAACGGUUUAGGCGACUAUGUAAACUCUUCUAAAGGCUGCGACAAGGCCAAUGAAGGCCAGAUCACGGAGGCGAAGGCCGACACCUGCCCCCUUGCUGUGGAACCUCCCAAGAAAGUGCCCCCCUCCGAGUCCCGUUCUGAAACCCUGAACGAGGCCAUCAUUGGUCUCGACGAACGAAGCACGCCACCGGCAAGGCUGGGAGGUCGAAACCGGAUGUCUCAAAGAGCCUCAUCUCAUGGUGGCCUCGCAGCGCUUCUUCGGUCUAGUCUACGCCAUUCAGUUGAACCUGGUUUAUCCGACUUGGCGGCUUUGGUUUCAUCGUUUGAGCGAAUCGCCAAGUCGCCUUUCCUGGGAAAGGAUGAAGUAUUGACUGGGUCCCUUGAGACCUUUGAUGAGGAUGAGUCGAAAGACCAGGCUGGAAUACAGUACGGCCAACCCCUGAAAACGGGCAUUGUGGGGGAUGCAGAUGGCGGAACUCAUUCUGAUCUUGAGUGGAGGCCCUUCCUCCGAGGUCAUCGUAGAAAUAGAGCCCUUGCUCGCAUCAGCACGGCAAGCCUGCGAAGUCACACAGCGCCACCAGCCGCCAAUGUAGGCAUCUCUCAGCUGUCUCCCGGGUCACUUUUUACGAGUUGUGUAUUGAGUACGAGUAACAGUAUCCCGCAAUUGAUGAAGGCCUUGCCCUCACUUCCCAAGGAUGAGCAACCUCAACCUAGACAAGUCUCGGAGGCUUCUGGCGACGAUUUGAGAUUUCCAGUGAAGUUUUCACCCUUUCAGCUCGAAAUCCUUGCGACUCCACGGUCGAGUCCUAGAAUUACUGCACACACAGAUAUGGAGGAUCAUGAGUCUUUUCGAGCAAGCAUCGAGCUUGAAACAGUCCAACCCAAGAGCGAGCAAAAGCCGGCGGUUCAUGACGAUGUGAGAAAGAUGGACCCGAAAGAUGUGGUGGCUCAAAGUUCAUCGAAGCGGAGACUUCGACUCAGAGCAUCACGGCCAGCCUCGAACGUGGACACAAUACCCGAGGACCAGGACGGCACAGUAAGACAUCGCCCCAGCGCCAAGCAAAGUAUACUCGCCGACAUACCAACCCAUCAGGCCAAGGAUCUAUUCUCUCCGGUGCUCUCUCCGGUGCAGUGCGGGGAGCGCCUAAGCAACAUGGCUUACCGGCGGAAAGGGAGCAGAUUUAUCCCGCUCACACCUAGAAACGGGGAAAACCUACCUGCCCGUGUCUCUCCAACAGCAAGAUCCUCCAGAGAUGGGCACUUGCACGAACGUGACAUCCCUCUGGCGCACCCUGUGGACGUGAACCUCUUUAGGUUGAGUGCGUCCACUGAUGGAUUUGAUCUUAAUGAUUCUCGGAGCUUCAGCUCUGAUUUAACUUUUUUCCGGCCGAGGAUCCUCAGGAAGAAGUUAUCCAACCUCAGGCUUCGCCUCACACAGUCGCGUUUGAAUCUUCGAGAGCGUGUGAACAAGCACGCUGGCGGACGGCUCCGACCAAACGGGUUUAUCGUCUCGACGAACUCUGACGCGACAGUCGUCCAUAGUGAAUGGGCCACGGCUAGGCCGGCUUAUUCAAAGCAAGUGCGAAGAAAAAUGAAGGGAUGGAUUCGGCAAGCUGCCCGCAUUUGUGUCAAGGGCCGGCGAAACGAGAGCGAAAUCACUGCGUAA